AUGGUGACGGGCGUGACGAACGACCGCCAUCACGUUACAGAAUGCACGGAGCUGUCACAUGGUGCGAUCAUGGGGUCGGACAAUGAUGGUGAUCAUCUGACUGCGGUUCGUGGUAGUCCCGCCGUGUGGGCGCGGCAGACAGAGUUAGACUGCAUUGAGAUGGUGAUGCUCGGCGGUCACUCACCAGCUGCACGAAUUCCACCUGCGGUCGCGGGUGCAGGAGCGCGGCGCGCUGUUCUCGAGGCGCCGUGGGUGCAUGAGGCGGUUAGCAGAAGGUCCAGAGAAGUUACAGUGCAGAAAGGAAGACACGAUGAUGAAGUAUCGGCCGCACAACUCACCGUCUCCGACAACGUGACAGGCACGCACGGGAACCGCUGGCCCACUCCACUUCCCGCCCACCCCGCGGACGCCGCAGCGACGGCAGGGCUGGAGGCUCUCGUUGAACGCUGCCAAUGGCGCCCGCAGCGACUGGAUCCGCCCUCCACCCGCGACGGCGGGGAGGCAACGGUGACCCUCAGCGAAGCGCGGCCGUAUGAUGCAGAGACAAGGCCUUACGCAGGAGUGGCUGGCGCCGCAAUUGAAAAGCGCAGCGCAGCUGCGAGCAAUGCUGGGGCGGCGGCGUUGGCCGAAUUCUCUGCCAAUAUGGCUGCAGCCGGUACUACCGCCCCGUCUCGAAUGCGCGAGACUUGCGGUGCGCCCCAGGCAGGUAGCGAUACGAUAUCAGCACACCGGCGGUUGAAUCUUGAAGCGCUGCAGUUGGAGGGAGAGCACGAUCUGAACGCCGGCCUGCCGCUUACUUGCUCGCAACAGCCAACCAACGAUUCGCCCGUAGCAACAACGGCGGGUGGGAGAGACGCCACUUCAGACGCGAUUGGACGAGCCGCGCAAGUUAUGGGCGAGGCCGGUUUGCAGCGGUGGUACGAGAAUCCUGGCGUGUGCACAUCCAUGGAGCAGCUGCCGGAGGACGGCGUGUGGAUCCCGCGGGGCACACGGCAUAUCAGGACCACCGCUACUAGCAAUUUGCACCUCACUGAUCGCUUUAUCCCAGCAAGCCCGAGAAGCCUCCCCGCCAUGUUGCUGUCCUCUCGUGCUGGUGCGGCACGUGGCGAUUUCUCUGUCCCGAGGGGCAGCACGAAGAGCAACAACAGCAGCAGCAGCAACAGCAGCUGCAGCAGCAACAGCACGAGCAAGCAGGACGGGGGACGGUUCGGCAGCCUACUUGGAGGCGCCCCUACAGCCGUGCACGCUGCUGUUUCCAAUCAAAGCACGCACUUGAACUUUCCUCCUGGCCUGCGUGAUCCUAAGAACGUGGGUGCAACGGUAGGGGCGGGUAGUUCAGUGAAUGCAGAUGAUGGCGGCGGUGGAGCAUGGGGUGACGGGCAGCUACGGGCAGUGCACGAAGCACGCACAGGUGUGGACGCCACGACAGUUGCGAUCGCCAGCAAUCUCGCACAUGAUAGAUUCGUCUUCGCUUCUCCACCAUCGCGUGCACAGCAUCCUGUGCCGCAGUGUAGUUUACCAGUUCCCUACACCAUCUUCACCACAAUGCCACAUGAGGACUCAUCCCAGCCUCUUACUGCCGCACGCACAGCUACAGCACAUCCCACGACACCCGCCGACGGCCCUAUCUUCAUACCUCCUCCGCCCCGCUCUCCGCGCCCCUCCUCUGCCCCCCCCACUGCUUCCCUCGCUCACUGCCCGCCCUCUCCCUCGGGCGCUGCAGGCGUGGGCAGUCCAACGGCCCGCUCCAGGCUGCGCUUCACCUCCCACUCCCUGCCACGCGCCAACUCCGGGGGAGGGGGCAGCACGAGUGUGCUCCACAGCACGCACAGCAGCAGUGGCAGCGACUUGGCGUCGUCCCACGUGCAUUCGCUCAGCCCCCCACUGCGUGCAUCUGUGCACGCGUCUCUAUCCUCUCUGCCGCGCGCGUCCCUUGACCACCACGCAGUCCCUGCUCUCUCACCUCGCCUGCAUGCUCGCUCACUCGCAGCCCCACGCCACCUGCGCAUCCCCCUGCUGUCGGCCUUGCCUCACAGAUUGGCCGUCCCAUGGCAUCCUCCCGCCUCUGCUCCUGCUCCUCCGCCUGCUGCUGCUCCUCCUGCUGUUGUCGCUGAUGCUGCUCUGGCGAAAGAAGUUCAGGAGGAGUUGCAGGAGGCCACUGGACAGCAAGCUCCUCCCAUCAACACUGCUGUUCCCCUCUCUCCCCUCUCAUUCCUCCCUGCUAUCCCUUAUGCCCACGCAUCCCCUCGCACUGCCUCGCACCAGCACCUGGAUCGAGUGGGCUGGAGUCGCAGAGGGCGGCAGCAGCAGCAGCAGGCGUGGCGGCCUCUCCCUCCGGAGAACUUCAUCCCGUGGGAGACCAUCUAUGGCCCGUAUACGCACACCUCCACGGGCCUCGCUGCUGCUGUUGCUGCCGCCAUCGCUGCCCCUUGCACAACUGCCACAACCUCCGCUGCUGCUGCUGCUGCUCCCACCGGUGCUGGUGGUGCUGCUGUUGGUGGUGCAGCCGCAGUUGGAUUUUCUGGUGGAGCAGCAGCAUGGGUCAACGCUAGUGGUGAAGGUCACGGUUUGGCAGGGACGGUGGCAGCAACACGUGUUGCUGCUGCCUAUCCAUUCCGCUACCCGUCAUCCACACGCCCUGCAGCAAACACGCCUGAGCCGCUGCACUCCCAUGCGAGGCACAUGGGCACACAGUCGCAACUAGUGAGAGCUAAGAGCGCAAGUGACUUCAGCAGCCCCUUGCUUGGGAGCGAAAGUCCUGAAGCUGUGGCAGCUGUGGGCGGCCUUCCAGUCACAUUCUCGCCUGGGUCGUGGGAUGGUGCAGCUGGUCGCCUUCACACCCAUAUUCACGCCACAACUGCACGCAUGGGUGGCACGCUGCUCUUCACUGGCAAUGCGUCCCUUCUUGCCAAGAGGCGCAGAAUGUCCCCUCAGCAAGGGGCACCAGCACCACCUGCAUCCUCUCUGCAACCCGCACGCAUGUUUCCCCGCCCACAGGAGCAUCCCAAUCCCCUGCCACUACCACCUGCUAUUGCUACAAAUUACCUUGUAGAAUCACACCCCCGGCAGCAGCAAAACUCUAGCGCGCUUGACUCGAGCAUUCACGCUGGUUCUCUGCCACGGCAAUCACCUGCUCAGCUGUCUCCCCACGCCACUGCAUUCCCGGGGAGAGUUUUUCAUCGCUCCUGCAGCACACCUGUUUUCUCCACUGCCGGCAAUCCCUCUGCUGCACCACCAUCCCCAUCGCUUCAUCCCUCGCCUCUCUGUGGCACCACUGCAGCAGCAGCAAGCCUUAGUGGCAGUGUUUCUGGCUCUGACGAGAAAUGUGUUGACCUCUGCGCGACUGCAGCGCCCUUCCAGGGCUUGCUAGGUGCAGGAUCAGGAGGGGAGAUGCAGCAGAGGGGGGACGUGUUUGUGCGGUCUGUAGAGUCAAGGGGGGCGCACACAGAGCACAGGGCGAGGGCCACUGUGGGGGGGCUCAGCAUGGAAAUGCGCAGAGGAGGGAGGGCAGGAGGCGGAGGAGCAGUGGAGGACGUUGUGGCACAGCUGGAGGACGAUGAGACGCGCACCCAGCUGUCCAUUCAUGAACAACUGGUGCGGAUCCAGAACGAGUCGAGCAGCAAUGGAGGCUCUACCAUGGUAGCUGUGGGCGUGCCUCAUGUGCAGGCAGCCAUGUCCAUGACCAUCAACCCUGAAGCAGCAGGGGUACGAAUCUCAGCAGGAGCCCAAACAGACAACACCUAUGGCAUUUUUGACCCUACUGACAACACGGCAAACUAG